AUCCCUAUAACUCCAUUGAAAGAGAGAAGCAUAGAACGUUCCACACCAGCAACAUCUUACGAACUAGCCCGUGAACGUCUGCAUGUCUCAGCUGUUCCUGAUUCUUUACCAUGCCGUGAAAAUGAAUUUGAGGAAAUUAUGGGAUAUCUUGAGAGUGCUUUAGAGGAGGGCACAGGAACUUGUAUCUAUAUAUCUGGUGUACCUGGAACAGGAAAGACAGCCACCGUACUAGAGGUUAUUCGCCACCUUCAACACAAAAGUGAAAAUAAUGAAAUUCCUCCUUUUGAUUUUGCAGAGAUUAAUGGAAUGAAGCUCACAGAUCCGAACCAAGCUUAUAAUUUAUUGUGGGAUUGUCUUGAGAAAUCUGCUAAUCCAGGAGCAGAACAAAAGAAGCGAGUAACAUCAGCGCAUGCGCUUCAACUACUAGAAGCCAAAUUCAACCAACAAGACUCAAGUCAGAAAACAACGGUUGUUUUGAUGGACGAACUCGACAUUUUGGUUACAAAGAAACAAACAGUCAUGUACAAUUUCUUUGAAUGGCCUAAUAGACCUUUCUCAAAGCUUAUUGUUGUUGCCGUAGCAAAUACCAUGGACUUGCCUGAGAGAAUGCUGAGCAACAAGGUUUCCAGUCGGUUGGGUCUUACUCGCAUCAACUUCCAGUCCUAUAAUCACUCUCAGCUCUUCAAAAUUGUAGAAUCUCGAUUACAAGGAAUUGAUGCCUUUGAGAAAGAAGCCGUUGAAUUUGCUGCCCGUAAAGUCAGCUCAGUAAGUGGAGAUGCUCGACGUGCGCUUGAUAUCUGCCGAAGAGCAGUCGAAAUUGUCGAGUCAAGGAUCCGCAAACAAACCGAUAGUGAUAAACCUGCAAGUCAUGUAACCAUUGGUAUCGUUAACGAAGCAAUUCGUGAGAUGUUUUCGUCUCCUUCUGUUGCCUUUAUUCAGUCCUGUUCUUUGCAUCAAAAGUUGUUCUUGGUUUCUGUAAUGAGAAGAGCACGACGCACAGGAUUGGCUGAUGUAGAGUUUGGAGACACAGCAUUAGAUCAUAUGGAAACAUGUAAAUGGUACAGCAUCGACCGCCCUACAAUGAGUGAUCUUAUGCGCGUAUGCGAGUCGUUGGGUCAGACGCGUGCACUAGUAGUAGAGGGCGGUCGUUUGGAUCUAGGAAUGCGGAUAUCUCUCAACCUGGCUGAAGAGGAUAUCAUUAUGACCUGCAAGUCGGAUAAAGUUAUUGGAAGAUUGUUAGAUACGAUGAACUGA